AAUUAUUUAUUUAUUAUUAUCGUCGUAAUUCGUUCUAAUUGUCAGACGAUAUAGAGUUAAGAUAGAAGAGAUAGAAAAGGAUAAAGGUCGAGAGAGAGAGAGGAUACGAGAGCUCCUUUGGCUAGCCGAAAAUCGAUCGGUGGCGGCGGCGGUGGUGCUGGUAGUAGUGGUGGUAGCGGCUCAUCGAUGUGUCGGGGUUAGCGACACCUGGAAAACGCGUGCAUCGUGCGAUUUCCUCGAGAAAAAUCUUAGAUUCUUUAGAAUUCUUAAAGUGAUCGUUGAUUCCUCGGUGAUAUUUAAUGUGUGUGUUACGAUAUAUUUAUAAGUAACGUUGUUGAAUAAGUAUAAGGGUAUAAUAAGGAAGGGUGGUUCUCUUUAUCAUCGUUGCCCUGUCAUCGUCCUGUCACCCGACCAACACUUUUUCACGAUCGAACUUUAAAAGUGGGGUAUUUUUAUCGUGGCAUUCAACGUGGCGUGUUUCUUCGUGACAUUACUACCAUUACAAUCGGCGAACAAGGGUGGCGAGCGAGCGGGCGGGGAGAGUAUAAGAGAGGAAGGGGUGCAGUUGCAAAUAAGUAAACUCGAAACUCAAGCUUCGAGAAGGGUCAAGGAAAUUUUGGGUGAAGGCAAAUUUUUGCCUACCUUAAACAAAUUCGGAAUGCGUCGAAAAAUGGCAGAAAGAAACAGGCCUGGUCUGGUUUCAACGUGAGAAGGGACGUGGAUCCUCCUAGGAUCCUUGAAAAGAAAAAAGAAAAAAGGAAAAAAGAAAAUAGAAAAAGCGAAAGAUACUGAAAAAAAUAACGAAGGUCCUUAGACCUGAUUAGAGUGGAGGAGGAGGAGGAGGAGGAAGAAGAGGACGACGAGAAGCAGAAAGAGGAGGAAGGAGAGAAGGAGGAGGAGGUUCCUCUCAACGUGGAAUGACAAUAAAGGGGUGCCGUACCAACGUCCGGCGUGUCCUCCUAUUAUGCACGCGCUGGAUUUGAGUCUACGAAACACCUCGAAACUUUUAUUCCCCAUUGGGAUGGCAGUUGGCAUACUGACGGAUAUCGCUACGAGAUUGGUGAUCGCCGGUUAUAUACUUGCGGUCGUCCUCGUGUGCGUUCACGCCAGUAACAACUGGGACAAGGACGACGAUUUAGUUGCAACCUUCGAAGUGAGCGCCGUUCUUGGGCGUACCGCCAGCUUGCCUUGUGACAUUGAACCGUCCACGCGAGAAGAUCGCGUUUAUAUGGUGCUAUGGUUCCGAGAUUAUGCAGUGAAGCCGAUAUACAGCUUUGACGUACGAGGGAGAGCUUUCAACAAAGCUCUAAAUUGGUCAGAUAGCAAUGCAGUAGGGCCCAGAGCUUAUUUUGUGACAGUCACAAAACCAGCUGCUCUAUCUUUAGAAGCUGUUCAAUUGGACGACGAAGGAAUAUAUAGGUGUCGAGUCGAUUUCAAAAAAUCACCGACGAGAAACUUUCAAGUGAAUCUAACAGUUAUUGUUCCACCACAUCAACUUCUUAUUUACGACAGUUCUGGAGUGGAAGUAGAUAAGACUGCUGGUCCUUUCCAAGUUGGUAUGGAAUUUGGUCUCUCCUGUGAAGUAAGAGGAGGAAAACCAACUCCAAUCGUAAGCUGGUUAGUAAACGAGAAGGAAGUAGACGGAAAAUUAGAAGAAAUAGGACAAAAUAUUGUGGUUAGCAAAUUGACUGUACCUCAAUUACGAAGGGAACAUCGUAACACCAUGUACAAAUGUCGAGCUGCCAACACAAAUCUGAUACCUCCUUUGGAAAAGAGCGUCCUUUUAGAUAUUUACUUAAAGCCUCUGUCUGUAAAAAUAUUGUCAAAACUAUCAGUCCUAGAAACAGACAAGAAUUACUCUAUAGGCUGUGAAACUGCGGGAUCACAUCCUCGAGCAAGAGUUACAUGGUUGAAAGGGAACAUACCCUUUCGGAAAGCCAAGAUAUUGGACGAUGGUAACUCUUCGGUAGUGUUAAGUACGUUAAUAUUCAGUCCCAUACCAGAUGACAAUUCUCAAAUUCUCAAAUGUCGAGGUGAAAAUCCUGAAUUACCUAGUGCAUAUUUAGAAGAUUUUUUCCAAUUAAAUGUUGUUUUUCCACCAAAAGUUCAACUACAUCUGGGAAGUACAUUGAAAGCAGAAAAUAUAAAAGAAGGUGAUGACGUUUACUUUGAAUGCAAAGUUCGAGCCAAUCCAGAACAUCAUAAAAUAACAUGGAGACAUAAUGGUGCAGUAUUAACUCAAAAUUAUUCGGCUGGAAUAAUAAUGAGUACACAGAGUCUAGUACUUCAAAGUAUAGGACGUGAUAAUGCAGGGAAUUAUACGUGCCUUGCCAGUAAUGAUCGUGGAGAAACUACAAGCCCUGUUGUUCCUUUACGAAUACAAUUCGCACCUGUUUGUAAAACAAGUCCUACAGUUAUUGGAGCAUCAUUGGAAGAAUCAGUAAAGGUUCGAUGCGAAGUAGAUGCGGAUCCUAACGAAGUGGAUUUUGUUUGGGAAUUUAAUAAUAGCGGUGAAAAUUUUGAAGUAGCCCCUGCAAAAUUAGAUAGCAACAAUGGUACCAUGAGCGAACUGAUUUAUACACCAGUUUCUGAAAGAGAUUAUGGAGCUUUAACAUGUUGGGGUAGGAAUGCGAUUGGUAAACAAGAAACACCAUGCACGUAUCAUGUCAUUCCUGCAGCGAAGCCAAGUCCUUUAAACAAUUGUACUAUAAAAGCAUCGUUAAAUCAAAGUUCAGAGAUAUUAGAAGUCGAAUGUGUACCAGGAUAUAAUGGUGGACUUCCUCAAGAAUUUCGUUUGGAGGCUUACGAAGUACCAUCUGGUUACUUACGCCUCAAUGUGUCUAGCGUAUCUAUCGACCUUCCAAUAUUUCGAAUAGCAGUUGCAGAUCUAUUACCUGCGACACACUUUUAUUUAAUUGCAUAUGCUGUAAAUGCUAAAGGUCGAAGUGAAGUGUUUUUAUUGGAAGAUAUUAUGUUAAGAGAUUCGGAAAAACAUACAGAUAGUGGAGUUAGUAUGAUUCCAUUAAUUUUAGUACUUAUCGGAUGUCUAAUGGUUUGUCUAAUAGCAGUACUUUUUGUAAUGGUGAUGGUAUACCGACGUCGAGGUAGCACAUCACCAGCACACAUUGAGCCAUACAUGAAACAACCGAUUAUAACUCCCCCAGAUUCGAGAAAUAACUCAAUGCUUGAUGUUACUCAUGGGGACCAUACCUAUUUUGUUGAAUACACUUUGAAACAGGUUACUGAUUAUGCACUUAAUAAACAACCUGAUAUUAUACAAUCACCACAAGAUCAAGAAAAAAUGAAACGUGAACCACAAUUAUUUUUACCAGUAAGACCAGACACAUUGUUUGCGCCAUACGAUAUUCACAAACAAGGCCUUCAAACAAACAGAUGUAACUUAAAUCCAUUUUCCACAAGACCCUGGGAACCGAUCAGUUUUAAAGCAGAUCGUAACUUGAUGAAAGAAAUUAUUAUUGCAAAUUCUAUACCUGGUCCAGAAAGUUGUGUGUAAAAUCUUUCAGAUAGAUGGGACAAACAUAUCAAGAUGGCCAAUUUCAUAGCCUAAAGAAUCAUUCAAACAUAUUGACGAGGAAUCACAUGUCAUCGAAUCGCGAAAAAGAUAUCUUCUAAUGAAAUGAAUUACAAAGCGAUUUGUGGAUAUUGAAAUAAUUAAUGAAGAACAUCAAAAUGACUAAUCGCAUAAUUUAACUAAACGCUACACGUGAUGUAUUAUUCCAAGUCUAAUAUAUUUUGUGUCAAGUCUU